AUGGCAUGCGCCCGAAACUAUCUGCCGCCCUAUUUCCGCGUGGGCAUCUUCUUCUUCUGCGGCCUCGAACUCGCCUGGAAUGCCUUCGUUAUGGCUAUCAGUAGGUUCUAAAUAACGGUUUUCAACUCCGGUCACACCUGCAAGAAAAAAAUUUAUUUGCCGUUAUACAGAAACGUAGUGUCUGAAAACAUGUUUUAAGGUAUAAAAUUUUUAAAAAUUUUCAAUUUUUUGCGAUUUCCUUGAGCAAUAAAUGUUACUAACCAUCUUUACAACAUCGUCCAUUAAUUCCGUGUUUUCAGACCAAAAAUUCUGGGACUUAUCGACCAAAAUCUUCCCCGUGGCCUUUAAAAUGUUCAAUGACACACUGCUAAAAGGAGAACCCCGAGAUUUUGUGUGGACGGUGGUGGAGCGAAAUCAAUUGGAUAUGGUGUGUAAAACAAUAUUAUUUUUAAUCUCCUCUUUAGUAUCAAUACAAACUGACAUUGAUGUGGUUGUGCUCGACGAUCACAAUAUUGUACUCAAUGCUGUGUAUUGUCCCGCAAUUCUGCACAAUGCAACAGUCGGACGACUCCGAAAUCACUUUUGUAAGUCUCGAAUUUAUUUUUGUAAUUUAGGUUUUGGAUUUUUUAUCGCGUUAUGCAGAAUUUUCAGGGCUUUUUUGGCCAAAAGUUUAGUAAUUUUUUUUCCUCACUGAAAAUAGGACGGAAAUGAUGGACUUUUAAAAUUUCCAGUUUCUGCAUAACGCGAUGUAAAAACUUUCAACAAAAAAUUUUAAAAAUAAUUUUUUUUCAUUUAAAAAGAAUAUUUUUUUAAAUUUAUUUUCGAAUUUUGAUUUUAAAAUUCAUUUUUUUCAGUGCGUUAAAAAGCCGGUCCUGGGCUACGUGAUGGCCCCCUUCCUGCUGGUGCUGGUCUUUUUCUGCGGCUGUGCCUUAACCUGGCAAUGGUUCACCUGCGAGGAGGACCAUUCCCUUUUCCAGAAUCUCUUCGGCCGCGCCCAAAAAGAGGAGACUUUCCUGUCGGAGCUGGAGACUCAAUUAAACUGCAAUACAGACGAUGACAAAGAGGUGCUCGGUGUUUGGGUGUGUUGUUGUUUUGUGGUUUGUCAUGCACUCAAUAGUAUCGUAUCGUAGUAUACUUUUACGUUACUUUGAACAGUUGUACUCACGUUGUGACUUGAUUUUUUUCACUUUGAUAUUGUUUUAGUCAUCCAUCAAAAAUAUUUUUAUUAUUUUUUUUGUUUUCAGCGAUGCGAAGACAUGGUAAACCGCGCCAUGUUGGACGCCCGAUGGCUGGAUCCUCUUGUCUACAGCUUCAUCAUUUGCCAUAUUGUUAUGCUGUUCGGGUUUUGUAUAGCGAAUAGAGGUGAGGCUUGGGUUUUGAUCGAUUUUCCAAUUUUUCUUUGUAAAAUUCACCGGAAUAUUGAGUUCACCGGAAAUUUUAGCAAAAUAAAAAUAUAACCAUAUCUAUCCUAUCCGUAUUUUACAAAAAAAACUUUAAUUUUUCCAAUUUUCAGAAUGGGAAUGGAGGGAUGUGUUGUUUUGGAAGAAGGAGAAAAAAGAUUUCCUGGAGACCCUGGAGAAUAAUCAUCAAAUCGAAGAGGAGAAACCGAUGACGUCAUCGACCAUCCGAACCAACGGAAUGGAUAUGGAGAAGUUGUUGUGA